AUGACUUCAAUGAUCCAUGCCAGGCUUUCAUCAACGUUAAAAAAUAUUGGAAAUCAUGAUGUAAUCAUUCAAGUCGGAAAAAAUAAUGAUGUAAAAGAGUUUGCUGCCCAUUCAUCCGUAUUAAGAGCUUGCUCAUCUUAUUUCGAAAAGGCACUACCAACUUUGACUGCCGAAAAAAAUUCUUUUUUUUUGUUACUCAAGGAACCAAACAUUAAUCCUACCACUUUUGAACUAAUCCAUAAUUAUAUUUAUACCGACAAGUUGGAUUUAACCGAACUAUUUGGAUAUGAAGUUCUUAGUCUUUUAGACGUAUCCGAUGAAUUAAAUUUCAAGAGAUUAAUUCAUCAUGUUCAAGUUCAUUUAAUUAAACAACAGUCGGAUUGGAUUCAACGAAAUAUCGCCCUAGUUAUUCAUAAGGCCUUUAAAAUUGCUAAUUGUAAACUACUUCAGGAUCACUGUAUUGAAAUUAUCUGCGAAGAUCCUUCACCAUUUAUUACAUCAAGGGAUUUUCUGUCGCUGGAUAAAGAUAUUCUUUAUGUCUUGCUUAAACGAGAUGACCUGCAGAUCGAAGAAAUUGUCCUCUGGGAUAAUUUAAUUGAGUGGGGUAUUAAACAAACUCCUGUUUUAAAAGAUGAUAAAACUAAAUGGGAUGACGCAGAUUAUGAAGCAUUGAAGAAGACUUUAGAUAAAUUUAUCCCACUCAUUAGAUAUUCGGGUAUUAAUUCCGCAGAUUUUUUUGCAAAAGUUCAUCAAUAUAAGCCAAUUUUCCCCCAUCAACUAUUUUAUCACCACGAUUUGGAAAAAUACAAAUGGAAUCGAAGAUUAUCAAGCCAAGAUUUGUUCCUAUAUUUAUUAACUGGAUUGAAAAAAAAUGAUGGUGAUAUAGGUGAGAAGUUCGAAAAAGAUUACUUAUACGGGAAAAAAUACGAGUUCAAACUUCUUUCGCAUAGUUAUUAUAGAUUCAAGUCCGAUCUAUUUCGUGACCUUUGUAAUAUUCAAAAGGACAUUUUAUUGCUUUUCAGAGAUAGUAAAACAUCGAAAAUUUAUGGAGGGUAUAGACCAUAUAAGUCUAAUGAUGGUGGAUUAUCAUUAUUUAAGGAUAAUUGCUUUAUCUUUUGCUUCGAAAACAAAGAGAAUACUAGAAAUAUGAAAAUGAUUAGAAUAUUUUAUAACCAUUUAGAUGAUCAGAUGAAUUUUUGCUAUAAAGAUGUUAACGGGAAAAUUGUAAAAAUUACGGAUUUUGAUUCGGUUGAAUCUGAAGUUUUUGAAGUAGAAAGAGUUGUCAAAGGAUUAGAUAAAUAA